CAUAGCUCAUAGUUGAUUUAUUUUCCCCCCUGUAGUUUUCUUAGCAUCCAAACAGAAGACAAAUUUUGUAUUUCCAGUGGAAACAUGGUCGGUGCCGGGAAGAUCAAGCAGAAUGCCAACGUCCUCGAUAAGCCCCUCGGCAAGGGCAAACAAGAGGUUAGCUUAAGUGCAUUUGCAUUCUUGUUUUCGGAGCUUGUUCAGUACAAUCAGACACAGGUUGAUCAUAUUUCUGAAUUAGAAACAAGGCUGGAGGAUGCAGGGUAUGCAGUCGGUGCUCGAGUUCUUGAUCUUUUAUGCCAUAGGGAGAAGGGAAAUAGAAGGGAGACUCGAUUGUUGGGUAUAUUAUCUUUCGUGCACAGCACUGUGUGGAAGGUGUUGUUUGGGAAGGUGGCUGACUCACUAGAGAAAGGCACUGAACAUGAAGAUGAAUACAUGAUCAGUGAGAAGGAACUCCUUGUGAACAAGUUUAUUUCAAUUCCGAAAGACAUGGGAACAUUUCAUUGUGGGGCAUUUGUUUCUGGAAUAGUGAGAGGUGUUUUGGAUAAUGCAGGAUUUCCAGCAGUUGUAACAGCUCAUUUUGUACCUGUAGAGGGACAGCAAAGACCUCGGACAACUAUUUUGAUAAAGUUUGCUGAAGAGGUAUUGCAAAGAGAAGCAAGGUUGGGUUGAUUAUCAUGCCUGGGUUAGUCUCGAGUUUUCAAUUCAUGCAACACCUAGAAGGAAAACAGUGAACUUCAGCUGGCUCGUUGAUUUAACGUAGAUUUCGAUGUUAUGUAUUAUUCUUUAUGGCACAGUGCUUAUUGAUAUGGU